AAAAUGGGCAAGUUGUAUGAUUUAUUAAUAGAACCUUUUGUAAAUUACUCUGAAAAAAGAACAGGAACAAAAAGAGAAAAUCCAAUCAAGCCGAAUUCAUUGCCAAUAAAUCAAGAGACAGACCCAGAGAAUGAGGGACCUUCCAAGGCCCAAGAGACCAAGCCCGAGGAUGAAUGUUAUGCAUGUAAAGCUAUUGUCAUAGCUACACUGACUAUGUAUGGCACGGCUAUCCUUACUAUUCCUAGUACUGACAAAUAUAAACAGAGCAUGAGAAAAUACCUGAAAAACAAAAACACUGUACUGGCCAUAUUUACAGCUCAUUCCUUUUUUGGAUGUGGGUGUUUUGUUGCUGCAUUUUACCAAAUUUACAAACUAAAGGAAAUGCUGGAUCGACGGAAAGAAAACUCAGUAAAGGAAUCCUGAUAUACUUUGACUUUAUAUGUUUUGAUAUUUAUAAUAAAUU